GUUUUAUCGAUUUUGAAGCUCCCCAUGAACUCUCGAGAUCUUACACUCGUCUCUACAUCUGCAAUCUUCGGUGCUUUGAUUUCAGCUCUAGCAUUUCGCUUCUUCUCAUCAAACCCUAAAAACCCCAAAUCCCGAAAAUUCACUUCCACCGAAAUCUCUGCAAUUUCCAGAAAAUUCCCUGCUCUAGAUCCUUUCAGUCCUUUGAAACGAAAUGGGUACUUAUCAUGGGAUGAUUAUUUCAUGGCGAUUGCAUUCCUUUCUGCAGAACGAUCCAAGGAUCCUAACAGGCAGGUUGGCGCAUGUUUGGUGAGCCAAAAUGGUGUAAUCCUUGGGAUUGGCUAUAAUGGUUUUCCAAGAGGCUGCUCUGAUGACAAACUUCCUUGGGCCAAGAAAUCAAGAACUGGGGACCCAUUAGAGACCAAGUAUCCAUAUGUUUGUCACGCUGAAGUCAAUGCCAUACUAAACACAAACCACGCAUCGGCGGCUGGCCAGAAGCUUUAUGUGACAAUGUUCCCUUGCAAUGAAUGUGCCAAGAUUAUUUUACAGUCUGGUGUUGCUGAGGUAAUCUAUUUUGUGGAAAAGAGACCAAAUGACUCAGAUGUUGCCUAUGUAGCUUCUCACAAGCUCUUAUCCAUGGCAAACGUCAAAGUCAGGAAACAUCAACCAGAGAUGGAUGAGAUCUUGAUCAAGUUCGAAGAACACUUACUCCAACCAGAGACCUAA